AUGGAGAUAGUUCCAGAGAGCGAUGACAUGGCCCAUUCGUUCUGUAUAGGCCAGCAUGAAUCCAACCGCCAAUUACCCUUGAAUACGCGGGCGAUACAGCUUGCUCACGCAAGCAAUUAUGACAUGCUAACGACACCGAUAACGACUUCGCAUUUUCAUUCACGCGUCUUAUCCUUGCUCUCAUCUCAUCUGUCAUCAGUGGGACCACCCACUUGUGAUGCAGUUGGCACACGAGGGACCUCUUUUAAUACAAGAACGAUUACAAUCCCUCCUCUAUCCCCAGAAGAUACGCACCUAACUCCAAACGAGGCAAUUAGCCAAGUGGUGGGAAUUACUUCUUCAUGGAUCGAUCUAUGUUCACCGGACCCUUUGAUAGCCGAGAUUUCUCGUCAAGUACUGAUGUUAGAAGUUGCAUACGCGGCAUUCUGCGGCAUUAGCUACCUUAUGGUUCCAGGACCUAAACUUCAACAUGGCACUCUUCACUCCGAAGGCCUGAUCUACUACGCCAGAGCUAUUCAGGAGGCCCUGAACAUUGCGCCAUAUAUCCAGUUCCACAUUUGGUUGGGAAUGAUUGAAAGUCCUGAGUUUGAAACUACUCAUAUGGGAGAUCUGUCACCCUUUGCACGGGCUGAGUACCUUGAGUCAAGCGAAGACUGCACGAGUAAGAUUGAUCUUUUUGGGACCUGGGAUGCAUGGGAGAUCAUUCGAACUGCCUGCAAACACCACUCCAGGUUACUUGUUGCUCUCGCAAUUCCAAAAUAUCUUCCGAUCCUGCAAGUUCAGACAAGGUGGUAUUCCGAGCCUGUCCACCUAUUGACGAUUGAUGGAACGACUUUCAUCAAGAAUCAAAAAGGGUACCCUGUCUUAUCCAAAGCUCAUCAGGCUCUGAUAUCCAAGUUCAUGCGACUUCGUACGCCUCCAUGGAUUCUGCUUUGCGAUGUGGGCCCAAUUCCUGGCCUCGAGGUUGAUGAUGAACCUCAGCCCGGCGCGUCUCCAGCGGAUAAAACCGAGUUCCCUACUAUAGCGCAGACCAUGUCUCAGGCGAAGAAACACCAAGACCCUACACCCCAUCUAUCUUAUAUGAGAAACCUGCAACAACGGCAGCCACCCCGCACUCCUAUUGAACGGUUCGGCACUGGUUACCAGGAUUAUCUGCAAGCACCUUUGCAACCCUUAACAGUGAACUUGGAGAGUAUCACGUAUGAGGUAUUUGAGAAAGACCCUAUCAAAUAUGCAUGGUAUGAGCGAGCUGUCGCGAAAGCUCUAAAUGACUGGGUGGAGCAGAAGAAACCCACUUCAGGCCCAGAUGGUAAGGUCGUUGUUGCUGUUGUGGGUGCGGGACGUGGCCCUCUAGUAACGCGUACUUUGCGUGCGAGUGCAGAAACUGGGGUCGAUAUUGAGAUGUGGGUUGUUGAGAAGAAUCCAAAUGCCUUUGUUCUGCUCCAGCGCCAUAACGAGAACAUCUGGGGUGGGGCUUGCAAUCUGGUCAAGUCGGACAUGCGAAGCUGGAAGGGACCUCACAGAAGUAUCGAAGAUCCACAAAACCCAGAUUUUGCAACAUCGGUCAAGCAUACGCCCAUUGAUAUUCUUAUAUCCGAGCUUUUGGGCUCUUUUGGAGACAAUGAGCUCUCACCAGAAUGCUUGGAUGGAGUGACGCAUCUGCUCAACCCGGGACAUGGCAUAUCCAUCCCAGCAUCAUACUCUGCAUGUUUAACCCCUAUUGCUGCACCAAAGUUAUAUGCGGACAUUUGUGGCCAACGGAUAUCCAACCCUGCCGCACCGGAAACACCAUACGUAGUCAUGCUUCAUGCCAUUGAUUACUUGUCCACAACGUCACCAUCUGGAGGGCCCGUGGCUGGCCACACGGCUCAACUAAGCAGUAGCAUUGGUAGUACGCACAGUGCAGUUGGUGCCAGGAACUCCAGCUCGACGCCCCCUCCAGUCUUCGAAGCCCCGACUCCAAUUGUACUUCCAACUUGGUCCUUUUCGCACCACAAUCCCAAUAUCCCCCCUCAGUCAACGACUUCAUCUAUGAUUGCCAAUGAGCACAAUGUUCGUCAAGCACGCCUUGCAUUCCCGUGCCAGAAUCGCGGUGUCUGUCACGGGUUAGCAGGUUACUUUGAGACUGUGCUUUAUGGUGAUAUUGAAUUAUCUACUAACCCAGUGACGAUGGAUGCCAAAAGUUCUGGGAUGAUCAGUUGGUUCCCUAUAUACUUUCCACUUAAGACUCCUCUCUACGUUCCCGACAACGGCGAAGUGGUCGUAACCAUGUACCGACAGACCGACAACCGCAAAGUCUGGUAUGAAUGGAUGGUAGAAGUAUUCCGUCUUGAGCGAACCUCACCCACACCGGCGGCAGCAAGUCCACAACGAAGCACCACACCAACAAUGAUGAGUGGAGGGAUCAGAGCUGUUCCUAUGGCCACUAACAAAUCACAGAGUGGUUAUAGGCGAAUUCGUGUGGGAAUGAGCGAGAUGCAUUCUAGUAUCAAGGAGGGGUGUCUUAUGUGA